GUCCCUCCUUUUUUUUUGUUCUCUUAUUCCAAGUCCAGUUUUUUUCAUUCUUUUCCCAUCUAUCCAGCCUCUCUUUGUCUCUGGAAACAGUCGAAGAGAAAAGACCGGCAACAUGUUACCCACCAUAGGCACCAUGGCCUACGGCCUCUACAGCCUCCUCCUAACCUCCACCAUCCUCGUUGACGCCGCCUCCAUAAACCUCACUCCCACCGAACGCUACCUCCAAGACUCGGCCCCCAAGCUGGCCGGCAUCAAAUACACCGUCCCCAAGGCCGUCCUCGGAUCGCAUCCCAACACCCGCAAGCUCGAAGUCGCCCACUCCUUCCAAACCCUUCAAGGCGUCUCCCACUCCAUUGGCGGCUCCAGCAGCGGCACCACCCCCCGCGCCGUGAACCGCCGCUCCGCCGCCUCCAUCCUCGGCCAACACCAACGCCGUCUGCGCCAAAACUCCGUCCACACCCACGGUAGCCAUGGUGGCGGCAGCAACAAUGGAGAAGAAGAAGAAGGUGAAGAAGGCUCCGCCUACGGCUACGAAAACGUCACAGUCACCACCGCCUACGGCACCCAAUACGCCGCCGAAGUCCACUGGAACUCGGUCCCCCUCUUACUGCUUCUCGACACGGGCUCCUCCGACACGUGGGCCAUCACCCACAACUUUUCCUGUCUCGAUUACCUGGGCAACGACGUCCCGCAAAAGACGUGCGGUUUGACGAAUGCGUAUUUGGGGGGGAUGCCCACCGGGUCUGGGUCUGGGUCUGGGUCCGGUUCGGGAUCGGGUGAGGGGGGAGAGGGAGGCGAGGGUGGUGAUGGAAGUGGUGGAAGUGGACUAGGCGGUGGUGAUGGACAUGAAUCCUACAACCAGCUUUACUACCCGCCGUUGUUCACGAGUAUGGUUAACCAGGGGUCGGUGCCGCCGCUGUUUAGUAUCACGAUUGAUCGGAAUGCUAGCUCGGGGUUGUUGGCUUGGGGUGGGUUGCCGCCUGCUACGGGGCUGGAGAAGGGGAAGGAUGUGGAGUUGGAUAUGAUUAUUACAAACCUAAUCGACGUCCCCGAGACCGCCUACGACUACUCCUUCUACACCGUCAUUCCCGAUGGGUGGCAAUUCGGCCCCAACACCAACACGAGAAAAUUCCCUUAUAUCGUCGACAGCGGAACGACUCUUUGCUACCUCCCGUCUGCCGAAGCCCAACAAAUCAACACGGCAUUCAACCCCCCCGCCAUCUACCUCUGGAUGUACGGCGCCUACUUCACCUCGUGCGACGCCAUCGUGCCGCGCGUCGGCGUGAUCUUGGGCGGAAAAACAUUUUACUUGAAUCCUGUCGACUUGAUCAAUCAAGACAUGGUCGAUCCGUUGACGGGGCUGUGCAUGACGGCCAUUGCGGACGGCGGGGCCGGGCCGUAUAUUCUGGGGGAUGUGUUUAUGCAGAAUGCCUUGACGGUUUUCGAUGUGGGGAGGGGGAAGAUGAGGUUUUUGGGGAGGGAGUUUUAUUGAGUUUGUCGAUAGGGAUAUGUGAGGGAGGGGAAGUGAUGGGAAGGGAAAGGAGAGGAUAUUGGGAAAGGGGAAGGGGAGGAUAUUGGGG